ACAAGAUCUAAAGUUAAUGGAGAAAGAAGAUUUUCAUGGUUUUGCCUUUUGUCAAUAGAAAAUUUUCUUUUUGACACGAUGAGCGGAGACGUCCGUCUCACGUUUGACCUUGAUGGUCGGCCGGUGUACGUGCAAGUGUCUAUCCUUCUUCCGCAUGAGGUGGACGUGGUGGCGGAGGAAGAGGAGGAGUUUCCUUGGCCAUGUGAUGUCGAGGAGGAAGAUGAGGGGCUGUUGUCGGCAUUCUUUGACACGAUGUUCGGGGACAUGGAGCUUCCCUCCGAGAUUAAGCGACUCAUGUUGGCUGCCUCGGGGGAGAAAACUGACUUGGUGGUUCCUAGUCCUCUCUUCGGGCUGGGAGUGGUGGAGCUUGGCUCCUGUCCCAGUGUAAUUGGUAAACUCGGGGUGGUGGAGCCUUGCUCCCGCCCUAGCGACUUGGGUGUACAUGGAGCGGUGGAGCUUUGCUCCCGCUCCAGUGACGUUGAUGAGCGCCAGGCGGCGGCGUUUUUAGUGAUUCGGCCGGUACUUGGCAUCAAGGAAGGGAUACAAGCAUGGGCAUUGUAGCGUCUGGUGGUGCG